GAUUGGGAGAAACUGGGACAGGACUGGAGUGUACUGGGGGAGGACUGGGGGGGACUGGCAGGGGACUGGGACAAACUGGGAGGGGCCUCAGCUCAGACGGUCCCCAAACCCAGCUCAGGGUAUCCCUAAACCCAGCCUGGGGGGUCCCCAAGCCCGGCCUAGAGGGUGCCCAAGGGGAUCCCCAAACCCAGCUCUGGGGGUCCCUAAGCCCGACUCUGGGGGUCCCUAAGCCCAGCUCAGGGGGAUCCCAGGCCCAGCCCCUCCCCUGGGUCUCCUCUCACCCUCUCACCUGUCCCGGGUUCCAGGUGUGGCCAUGGAGGCGUUGCGGGGGAGGGGCCACGAACCCCACUUUUCCCGACGGAUCCUGGAGGAGCCUCGAGGGGAGGAGGAAGAACCAGGUGAGGAAGAACUUGGUGAAGAACCAGGUGAGGAAGAGGAACCAGGGGAGGAGGAAGAACCAGCUGAGAAGGAAGAACUUGGUGAAGAACCAGGUGAGGAGGAAGAACUUGGUGAGGAAGAACCUGAUGAUGAACCAGGUGAGGAGGAACCAGGUGAGGAAGAAAUUGAAGAACCAGCUGAUGAAGAACCUGGUGAGGAAGAGCUUGAUGAGGACCCAGGUGAUGAAGAACCAGGUGAGGAAGAAGAAGAACCAGGUGAUGAAGGGCAGGAGACCACUCAGGUGACACCAGGAGGAGCCUCCUGUGCCCAGGUGAGGCCUCCAGGUGAGGCCUCAGCCCCUCCCCUGCGCCGGCGGAAGCCUCGCCUGUACCUGAACCCCCGGCGGCCCCGCCCCAGCCGGGAACACCUGGAGAGCCCCGAGGAGCCUGGACCUUCUCACGGGAACCACCUGCAGGUACUGUGGGGUCGCCCGGGUGAGCUGGGCCACGCGGGUGAGCUGAGCCCAGACGAGCUGGGCCACGCGGGUGAGCUGGGCCCAGACGAGCUGAUCCCAGGUGAGCUGGGCCCAGGUGAGCUGAGCCCAGGCGAGCCCGGCCAGGCCUUCGUGCAGCUCAUCGACGAGCGCGGCGUCUACUCCACGGCCAAGCUGGUGCUGGGCGGGCGUGGCGGUGCCGGUGCCGGUGCCGGGAGCCCCGCGGGCGAGGCGGAGUGGGCGGAGCCGCCGGGCGAGGCGCCGGCGCCGCUGGAGAUCCGGCGGGUGAUCGUGGCCGAGAAGCCCUUCCAGUGCCCCGUGUGCCACAAGGGCUUCAAGCGGGCAUGGGAGCUGCUGAGCCACGAGGUCGUGCACACCGAGGCGCGGCCCUUCACCUGCCAGGCGUGCGGGGCCACCUUCAAGCGCCACUCGGACUUCAAGAGCCACGGGCUGGUGCACACCGAGGAGCGGCCGCACCGCUGCGACCUGUGCGGGAAGCGCUUCAAGCGCUCCUCCAACCUGCAGGAGCACCGGCGCAUCCACAGCGGGGAGCGCCCCUUCGCCUGCCCGCGCUGCCCCAAGGGCUUCAAGACGCCCUACGAGCGCCAGCGCCACGCCCUGACGCACCUGGGCGCCGACAAGCCCUUCCGCUGCGGCGACUGCGGCAAGGAGCUGGCGACGGGCGCGGCGCUGCAGCUGCACCGGCGGCAGCACUGCGAGGACAAGCCGCACGCCUGCGGCGUCUGCGGCAAGAGGUUCACCUACGGGCACUCGCUGAAGGUGCACGAGCGGGUGCACACCGGGGACCGGCCCUUCACCUGCGGCCUCUGCGGCAAGGGCUUCAAGCAGAGCAACGCGCUGGCGUCGCACGAGCGGGUGCACACGGGCGAGCGGCCCUUCGCCUGCCGCACCUGCGGCAAGGCCUUCAAGCAGUCGUCCUACCUGGCCAUCCACCAGCGCGCGCACACGGGCGAGCGGCCCUACGGCUGCGAGGCCUGCGGCAAGGCCUUCGCCCGGCCCUCGCUGCUGCUGCAGCACCGGCGCGUGCACAGCCAGGCCCGGCCCUACGAGUGCAGCUUCUGCCACAAGUUCUUCAAGGACCUCGCCUACCUGGGCGUGCACGAGAAGGUGCACACGGGGGAGACGCCCUACAAGUGCGGGGUGUGCGCCAAGGGCUUCGCGCACCCCUCCAACCUGCUGCAGCACCAGCGCGUGCACAGGGACACCGUGCCCGGCCUCGCCCCCUCCCUCAGGCACUCCAGGAGCAGCGUCUCGGAGCCCCGACAGCCCACGUGGUCCAGCAGGACGGGCCCCACUCCUUCCCCGAAGUGGGCGUGGCCGGGGGCGGCCACAGCGUCCCCACAGCCCAGCUGGCGGCAGGUGACCCGCGCGUCCCGCAGGUCCCAGGUGUCGUCGCAGACCGUGCCCCACCUGUGCUCGUGCAGCACCUCCACCCGCCCCGCGCAGGGGGUGGGGCCGCCCACCAGGCGCACCUGGAACUGCUCCUCCGUCACGUUGGCACCUGGGCAGGUCCCAGCUGUCGUCACAGACUGUCCCCCAUUGGCCGUCAUGGAGCACCUCGACACGCCCCAUGCACGGCCAGGCAGGACCGGGCCCCGCCCCAAAACGGGCGGCUCCAGGUGUGCUGAGGGCGUGGCCGCAGCCCAGGUGACGGCAGACCACCUGGGCAGCCGCCAGGUCCCAGGUGUGGCCGCAGACAGUGCCCCAGGUGACGUGGGCGUGUCCUCCGUGGCCGCAGGUGCGGGGCCCCCCCCAGCCCUUCACCUGGCACUCCAGGAGAGCCCCCUCGUCCCCCCGGCAGGUAACGGCCUCCAGCCAGGUGAGCUCACCCUCGCCUGGCCUCACCUGGUCCACGGCCGCUGCUCCCCCACAGCCCACCUGGGUGCAGACCACCUGGGCGGCCGCCAGGAGCCAGGAGUGGGCACAGAUCCCGCCCCAGCGCCCGGCGUGGAGCACCUGCACCCUCCCCGAGCACCUGUCGGCACCAUCGGCCAAGCGCAGGUGAGCCCGUCCAGCCAGAUGGGGCCACGCCCCUCCCCGAAGCGCGCGCGGGGCGGGGCCGAGAUCACCUGGCCGCAGCCCAGGGAGCGGCACACGACGGCGGCGGCGGCGAAGUCCCAGGUGUCGUCGCAGACCGUCCCCCAGGCGCCGGCGUGGAGCACCUCGACCCGCCCCGCGCACUCACCUGGGCCGCCCACCAGGCGCACCUGGGCACCGCCCGACGGCUCCGCACCUGCGGCUCACCUGGUCAAGCCACACCUGCCCAGGUGUGCCGAACUCCGCCCCUCGCAGGGCGGUGCCGCAGCCCAGGUACCGACAGACCACCUGGGCGGCCUCGUGGGACCAGCCCCCGGCACAGACCCCGCCCCACCUGUCCAGGUGAAGCAGCUCCACCCGCCCGGCACAGCGGUGGGAGCCGUUGACCAAGCGCAGGUGUCGUCGCAGACCGUGCCCCACCUGCCGUUGUGGAACACCUCGACCCUCCCGGCGCAGCGGCUGCCGGAGCUCACCAGGCGCACUUGGUCGGCCUCGGGGUUACCUGGGGGCAGAGGGGGGCACAGGGUGCUGCUCACCUGUGCAGACCACACCCGCUGCCCCACCCAGGUGACACGUGCGGUUCUCCCAGGGCUUCACCUGGCAGCCCAGGAGCUCCUGCUCUGUCCCCACGCAGGAGCCUCCAGGUGCGGAGAGGGCGUGGCCACAGCCCAGCUGCCUGCAGACCACCUGGGCCUCGGCCAGGCCCCACCCGUGGUCGCACAGGGCCGCCCAGGUGCCCCCGUAGGACACCUGCACCUGCCCCUGGCAGCGGGUGGAGCCGUUGGCCAAGCGCACCUGGGCGGGCACCGCCAUCCUGGAGGCUGCAACGACACAGAUCACGUCGUGGCCCCGGCCGAAGUGGGCGUGGCCGGGCGCGGCGAGGGCGUGGCCGCAGCCCAGCUGGUGGCAGAUCACCUGAGCAUCCUGCAGGUCCCAGCCGUCGUCGCAGACCGUGCCCCACCUGUGCAGGGCCGCGCCCGGCACCGCUCCAGGUGCCCCUCGUGCCCCGCGCACUUCACCUCGUCCAGCCAGAUGGGCCCCUCCCCCUCGCCGUACCUGGCGCCGGGGGCGAGCGCCCGCAGCCGCCCGCAGCCCACCUGGGCACAGGUGACCUCGCCCUCGGCCACGCCCCAGCCGUCGUCGCACACGGUGCCCCAGGUGAGGUUGUGCAGCACCUCGACCCGCCCCGAGCAGCCGUCGGGACCCCCCUGGAGGCGCAGGGAGACCCCCGGGGGGGACGGGGACACACCUGGGACAGGUGAAGGGAACAGGUACGUCACGGCCAGGAGGGUCCUCAGCGCCGCCCCCCUCCAGGUGAGAGGGGCCCCCCUGGGGAGGGUCGGCGCCCACCUGAGCCCCCUGAGCCCCCCAUCCCAGCCCAGCGCCAGGUGUCCAGGUGACCCUUCUCCCCCCCCCCCCGACCCCGCGGUUGCGUCAGCGGCUUUUCCAGAAGAAAACCGGGACAAACCCAGGAGGGUCCAGAGGUCCCCCUCCCCCACCCCCGGCACGCGGAGGGGGCACCUGAGGGGGCCGCACCUGCUUCGAGGGGCAGGUGCGGAGGCGGCGUCGCAGCUCCAGGUGCGCCUGGCCAACGGCUCCAGCGCCUGCGCGGGGCGGGUGGAGCUGUUCCGCGAGCACAAGUGGGGAACCGUCUGCGACGACACCUGGGACCUGCAGGACGCGCAGGUGAUCUGCCGCCAGCUGGGCUGCGGCCACGCCCUCGCCGCGCCCGGCCACGCCCACUUCGGCCGGGGGGCGGAUCCCAUCUGGCUGGACGGCGCCCACUGCACAGGUAGGGAGCAGGAGCUGGCGCAGUGCCAGCUGCACACCUGGGGCGAGCACGACUGCAACCACGGCGAGGACGCGGGCGUGGUGUGCACAGGUCCCACCCCCCUGCAGGUGCGGCUGCGGGACGGCCCCGGGCCCUGCGCGGGGCAGGUGCAGGUGCUGCACAACCACACCUGGCUGGGCGUGUGCGGCCGCACCUGGAGCCUGCUGGAGGCACAGGUGGUGUGCAGGGAGCUGGGCUGCGGCCCCGCCCUCAGCGCACCUGUCGGCGCUCACCUGGCCCCGGGGGCGGCGCUGGAGGGUCUCACCUGUCGGGGCUCUGAGAUGCUGCUCCUGGAGUGCCUGAGGGAGGGGGCGGGGCCGGGCACCUGCCACGCAGGUGGGGCUGCCCGAGUGGCCUGCGAGGAGCUGGAAGACCUGCUGGGCUCCUGUUCGGUGCUUGAGGGGCUGCUGGGGGUUGGGGGGGGGCUCUGCGGGGCCCUCCUGGGGCUCUACCUGUGGGCCAGGUGUGCUGGGCGGGGCCGGCGCUUCACAGUAAAAUCUCCCAAAAUGCGACGGUGGGGGCGUGGCCUGCCUGGAGGGGGCGUGGCCUCCGCCGCUGUGCGUUCAGGGGUGGGGCGUGGCCUCGUGAGGGAGGGGGCGUGGCCUCGUGAGGCGGCGCGGCCCGGUCGUUGCGCGGCGGCGGCAGCGGCGGGUCCGGCCCUGCCCCGGCUCGGGCCCCGGAGGAGCCUCCGAGAUCCCGGCCCUGCCCCGGCGGGUGUGACCAUGGCAGGCGCCGCCCCCGCUCCGGGCGUCCCCGAGCAUCCCUUCACCUGCCGGGAGUGCGGGAAGUCGUUCCGCUGGUCGUCCCGCCUGUCCCACCACCUGCGCAGCCACACUGGCGAGCGGCCCUACAAGUGCCCCGAGUGCCCCAAGGCCUUCAAGGGCUCCUCCGCCCUCCUCUACCACCUGCGGGGCCACACGGGUGAGCGGCCCUACACCUGUGCCACCUGCGGCAAGGCCUUCAAGCGCUCCUCGCUGCUCCAGACUCACCUGAGGGUGCACACGGGCAUCCGGGCCUUCGAGUGCGCCCAGUGCGGCCUCACCUUCAAGUGGGCGUCGCACUACCAGUACCACCUGCGGGCGCACACGGGCGAGCGGCCCUACCGCUGCCCCGUCUGCCCCAAGGCCUUCAAGAACUCGUCGAGCCUGCGGCGGCACCGCCACACCCACACGGGGGAGCGGCCCCACACCUGCGGCACCUGCGGGAAGGGCUUUGCCCAGGCGGCCAACCUGCGGCAGCACCUGCGGGUGCACACGGGAGAGCGGCCCUACACCUGCGGCACCUGCGGCAAGAGCUUCACCCACUCCUCCAACCUGCACCUGCACCGCCGCACCCACGGCCCCGCCCACCCGCCAGGACACGCCCCCUCGGCCACGCUCACCUGCCCGCAGAGGCACCCGCCGGGCUGUGGCCCCGACGCCCCAGAGCAGCCACCCCGGAGGGGCCUCACCUGCGUGGGGCGGGAGGCGGCCGGGCCGCCCCCGGCACAGCCCCAGCGCUGCCUCUCCUGCGGGAAGAGCCCCAAGAGCCCCCCAGCGCGGCCUCACCUGCCCGAGCGGCCCCGGGGUGGGCCCUGCGGCAAGCCCUGCACUCACCUGGCGGUGCCGCUCGGCCACGCCCUGGGCGAGGCUGCUGAGGUCGCGCCCGCCCCCGAGGAGCCGCCGCCGCCCCCCGAGCGGCCGUACAGGUGUGGCGAGUGCGGCAAAGCCUUCAAGGGCUCCUCGGGGCUGCGCUACCACCUGCGGGACCACACGGGUGAGCGGCCCUACGCCUGCGCCACCUGUGGCAAGGCCUUCAAGCGCUCCUCGCUGCUCCAGACUCACCUGAGGGUGCACACGGGCAUCCGGGCCUUCGAGUGCGCCCAGUGCGGCCUCACCUUCAAGUGGGCGUCGCACUACCAGUACCACCUGCGGGCGCACACGGGCGAGCGGCCCUACCGCUGCCCCGUCUGCCCCAAGGCCUUCAAGAACUCGUCGAGCCUGCGGCGGCACCGCCACACCCACACGGGGGAGCGGCCCCACACCUGCGGCACCUGCGGGAAGGGCUUUGCCCAGGCGGCCAACCUGCGGCAGCACCUGCGGGUGCACACGGGGGAGCGGCCCUACACCUGCGGCACCUGCGGCAAGAGCUUCACCCACUCCUCCAACCUGCACCUGCACCGCCGCACCCACUCGGCCGCACGGCCCUUCCGCUGCCCCGCCUGCCCCAAGGCCUUCGUGGUGGCCGCCUACCUGCAGCGCCACCUGCGCACCCACCGCGCGCCCGAGCCGCGCCCCCCGGCCUGUCUGCUGCUGCGGGGGGGGCCGCCCCUCCCGCCCGCCGCCCCCCGCAAGGUGCUGCUGCUGCCUGGCCCCGCCAAGCCCGCCCAGGUGCCCGCCCGGGCUCACCUGGCGCAGGUGGGGAAGGGGCCGCACACCUGGCAGAGCGUCCUGGUGGUGCCGCCUGGGGCGGGACAGGAGGGGGCGGGGACGAGUGUGAUCUUGCUGAGGGGCGGGAUGGGGCCCGCAGGUGUGCAGGUACAGGUGGCUGAGGCGGCAGGGGUGGCGACAGGUGUGGCAGGGGCCACAGGUGUGACGGGUGGGGCAGGCAUGGCAGGUGUGCAGCUCCUCCAGGCCACCGAGGUGACAGGUGUGGCAGGGGUCACAGGUGCUCCGGGUGUGGCAGGGGUCACAGGUGUGGCAGGUGGGACAGGUGUGGCAGGUGUUACAGGUGUUACAGGUGUGCAGCUCCAGGCCACCGAGGUGACAGGUGUCGCAGGGAUCACAGGUGUCCCGGGUGUGCAGCUCCAGGUGUUGCCGGAGGUCACCAACAUCCAGGUGCGGGGGGGGGAGGGGACAGGUGUGACAGGGGUGACAGCUGUUCCAGGUGUGGCAGGUGUGACCAGGGUAACAGGUGUCACAAGUGUGACAGGGGUGCCAGGUGUGCAGCUCCAGGCCACUGAGGUGACAGGUGUGGCAGGGGUGCCAGGUGUCACAGGUGUUCCAGGUGUGCAGCUCCAGGUGUUGCCGGAGGUCACCAACGUCCAGGUGCAGGGCAGGGAGGUGACAGGUGUGACAGAGGGGGCAGGGGUGACAAGUGUCCUAGGUGUCCCAGGUGUGACAGGUGUCACGGGUGUCACGGGUGUCACAGGGGUGAGAAGUGUGACAGCUGUGACUGGUGUCACAGGGGUGACAGGUGUUGCAGGUGUCACAGGGGUGCAGCUCCAGGCCACCGAGGUGACAGGGGUGACAGGUAUGACAGGGGUCACAGGGGUGCCAGGUGUCACAGGGGUGCCAGGUAUCCCAGGUGUGACAGGGGUGCCAGGUGUCACGGGUGUCACAGGGCUGCAGCUCCAGGUGCUGCCACCUCCACCUGAGGUCACCAAAGUCCAGCUCCAGGUGCUGCCACCACCCCUGGAUGUCACCUGUGUCCAGCUCCAAGCAGGUGAGGUGGCCAAUGUCCAGCUCCAGGUGUUGCCACCGCCCCCUGAGGUGACCAAUGUCCGGCUCCAGGCGCAGCCACCACCCUCAGGUGUCACCUGUGUCCAGCUCCGAGCAGGUGAGGUGGCCAAUGUCCAGCUCCAGGUGCUGCCACCAGCACCUGAGAUGACCAAUGUCCAUCUCCAGGCCACUGAGGUGACCAAAGUCCAGCUCCAAGCGAUGCCACCGCCCUCCCAGGUGACCAAUGUCCAGCUCCAGGUGCUGCCACCACCACCUGAGGUGACCAAUGUCCAUCUGGAGACCAUGGAGGAGGUGCCCAGUGCCCACCUGGAAACCUUGGAGGUGCCCCCUGUGCACCUGGAGACCUCAGAGGUGCCCAGUGCCCACCUGGAGACUUUGGAGGUGCCCCCCUGUGACCCUGGAACUCGGCACGGAGGUGCCCAGUGCCCACCUGGAGAUGAUGGAGGUGCCCCACGCCCACCUGGAAACCUUGGAGGUGCCCAGUGCUCAUCUGGAGACAUCAGAGAUGCCCAACGGCCACCUGGAGACCCCCAAGGAAGUGCCCAAUGCCCACCUGGAGCCCACAGAGGUGCCCAGUGCCCACCUGGAAACCUUGGAGGUGCCCUCUGUGCACCUGGAGACACCAGAGGUGCCCAGUGCCCACCUGGAACCCCCUGAGGAGGUGACAAAUGUCCACCUGGAGACCUUGGAGGUGCCCAGUGCCCACCUGGAGACCUCAGAGGUGCCCAAUGCCCACCUGGAGGUGAUGGAGGUGCCCAGUGCCCACCUGGAGCCCA